CCGUGAGGCGGAGCGGGAGCCGCGCGGGCUCUGUCGCGACAGAAUCGCGAUCGGGGGAGGCGCGGCCAUGUCGGACACCUGGAGCUCCAUCCAGGCCCACAAGAAGCAGCUGGACUCGCUCCGGGAGCGGCUGAGGCGCCGCAGGAAGCAGGACCCGCUCGGGGCCGGCGACCCUCGCCAUGAGCUGUCCCUGGCCACGCCCCCCCGCACCGGAAGCCCCGCCCCCUCCGGCCCCGCCCCCUCCGGCCCCGCCCCCGGGGGCGUGGCCUCGUUCAGCCCCGCCCCCAGCGGAGACCCCGCCCCCAGCGGGGCCGGCCCGGGGGAACAACCGGAACCGGAACCGGACCCGGCGCUGGAACGGCGCCUCCUGCUGCACCUGUCGGACCUGGCGCUGCCGCUGCCCACCCAUGCAGGGGCGAUACGGGCUGCAAUAUCUGAGGGUGACGCCGCGGUGUCCCUGCGCGCCGUCGAGAGCCUCCUGCACAAGUUUGCGGCGCAGGAGCUGAUCGAGGUGCGCCGGGGGCUGCUGCAGGACGGCCCCACCCUGGUCACCUGCGCCGACCACGCCAAGCUCUCCGCCAUGACCGGCCUGGUGGCCGCCGAGAAGCGCCGGGCGGAGCCGGGCGGGCCGGGGGGAGGGGCGGGGGGCGGGGCGGGCGGGGGAGGGGCGGGGGGCGGGGCGGGGGAGGGGAAGGAGGCCAAGAGGUGGCGGCGGGCGGCGGCGUCGGACGUGGACCUGGAGAUCGAGAGCCUGCUGAGUCAGCAGUCCACCAAGGAGCAGCAGAGCAAGAAGGUGAGCCAGGAGAUCCUGGAGCUGCUCAACACCACCACGGCCAAGGAACAAUCCAUCGUGGAGAAGUUCCGGUCGCGCGGGCGCGCCCAGGUCCAGGAGUUCUGCGACCACGGCACCAAGGAGGAGUGCGUCAAGGCCUCGGGCGCCGAGCGGCCCUGCCGCCGCCUGCACUUCCGCCGCAUCAUCAACAAGCACACGGACGAGUCCCUGGGCGACUGUUCCUUCCUCAACACCUGUUUCCACAUGGACACCUGUAAAUACGUUCACUACGAGAUCGACGCCUGCGCGGCCACGCCCCCGCACAGCAGCCCCGCCCGCGCGCGCCCCCGCGACCGCGACCGCGACCGAUCCCCGCCCCCGCCCGAGCUGCCCCGGGCCCCGCCCCCCGACGCCGGCGCCGACCGACUCUUCCCACCACAGUGGAUCUGCUGCGACAUUCGCUACCUGGACGUCUCCAUCCUGGGCAAGUUCGCCGUGGUGAUGGCGGAUCCGCCCUGGGACAUCCACAUGGAGCUGCCCUACGGGACGCUGACCGACGACGAGAUGCGGCGCCUCAACAUCCCCGUGCUGCAGGACGAGGGCUUCCUCUUCCUCUGGGUCACCGGCAGGGCCAUGGAGCUGGGCCGUGAGUGCCUCAAUCUCUGGGGGUACGAGCGCGUGGACGAGAUCAUCUGGGUGAAAACCAAUCAGCUGCAGCGAAUCAUCCGCACCGGCCGCACCGGCCACUGGCUCAACCACGGCAAGGAGCACUGCCUGGUGGGGGUGAAGGGGAACCCCCAGGGCUUCAACCGGGGCCUGGAUUGUGACGUCAUCGUGGCCGAGGUUCGCUCCACCAGCCACAAACCCGACGAGAUUUACGGGAUGAUCGAGCGGCUCUCGCCGGGAACGCGGAAAAUCGAACUCUUCGGGCGCCCCCACAACGUUCAGCCCAACUGGAUCACCCUGGGCAAUCAGCUGGACGGGAUUCACCUGCUGGACCCCGACGUGGUGGCGCAGUUCAAGCAGCAUUACCCGGACGGGAUCAUCUCCAAACCCAAAAACCUCUGAGUUCCGGAAAAUUCCAAACCUUCCGGGGGGAUUCCUUUGGGGUUUGAUUUGGGGGAUUUUUGGGAUUUUUUUGGGUUUUUUU